GUCAACUUUUCUGGCAAAUCGACUAAACAAAUCAUAUUCCAGUUUGAUCCUCCUCUUAUGCAAACAGAAGGAAAAAAAAAAACUAUUGUUUGAAGAAAUGGGGAUUUCAGUAUGUUGUUCGAGUUCAUUUUGGCUAAACAUGAAUCCGAAGCAGCAAUGUCGUUUCGCUAAAAUUUCCGGAAAUCAGAAGCGCGGAGACGAUUUGAAGAUCACGGGGAAUUUUAGGAAAGCUCAGACUCAAUCAACAAGGUCGAUUUGCUGCAAGCUUCAAGGCACCGAUUUUGAGGAGAGAACCAGCCCUGCUGAGGUGAAGAGAGAAAUCGAGAAAUGCUAUGAGUUUAUAGAAAGGCUUGGCAGAGGAGUAGUGUACUUAGGUUCAGCAAGAUUGGGGACUGAGCAUCCACAUUUUGUCAGAUCAUUUGAAUUGGCCAAAGGAAUUGCGAGCCUCUUAGAUGCUACUACCUGGUCGGGAGCUGGGCCGGGGCUGAUGGAUGCCGUCACUAAAGGUGCUCUUGAAGCAGGGAAGCCAGUUGGUGGAUUCAAGAUAGGCAAGGAAGCCGGUCAAUGGACUGCUACCGAUGUUCAUCCCUACCUCCCGUUGGAUAGCUAUCUAACGUGCAGGUUCUUUUCUGCGCGGAAGCAUGGCCUGGUGGAUGCUGGUGUUAGAGCUGUGAGUUCGGACAGGACGGCUUUCGUUGCUCUGCCUGGUGGAAUUGGCACUCUGGAUGAGGUGUUUGAGGUUUCGGCACUGAUUCAACUUGAGAGGAUCGGAUCCAUGCUUCCCGUCCCCUUCCUUGUUAUGAACUAUGAUUCGUUCUACUCGAAACUGCUGGGGUUUAUAGAUGAUUGUGAGGGCUGGGGCACUGUCUCGAAAGGUGAAGUGGCAUCGUUGUGGAGAGUAUGCAAUACCAACGCAGAAGCUUUGGCUUAUUUGGCUGAAUAUUACGGACUCCCUGAUACAGAAGGCUACACGAGCAUCUCCGAGUUAGGAGAAGAUAAUGGAAUUGUAUCUUCUUCAAGUAAGAUCGAUGUGCAGUAACAAUGGCACUAUCACAAUUGCUUGAACAAAUGUAAGAGAUUUUGUGUUGAACCCUUUCCAGUUUCCACUUAUGCUAAACAGUAGAGUGUUUGCCAUCAA